UCCCUCUCCCUCCCGGGGCUAUGUCCGCCCGGCGCGGCGAGCGGGGCAGCGCCGGAGGCUCGCGGCCGCGCGGGGGCUACGGAGCCCGGAACCAGCCCUGCAAGAUGCACUUCGGAGCCCCGCGGCUGGAAGAAUGAGCUUGUCCUUCCUUCUCCUCCUCCUCUUCAGCCACCUGAUCCUCAGCGCCUGGGCUCACGGGGAGACGCGCCCGGCCCCCAGAGGGCGACCCGGCCCCGCUGCUGCCGGCAGGAACCCCGGAGGCUCCGGCGGCGGCAGCACCGCGUCUUCCUCCUCCUCUGCCUCCGCCUCCCCCGCGGCUCCUUCGGGCGGCCGAGGCGGCGGCUCGGAGCAGAGCAGUUUCCAGUGGAGCCCCUCGGGGCGCCGCACCGGCAGCCUCUACUGCAGGGUGGGCAUCGGCUUCCACCUGCAGAUCUACCCGGAUGGCAAAGUCAAUGGCUCCCACGAAGCCAAUGUGCUAAGUAUUUUGGAAAUAUUUGCUGUGUCUCAGGGGAUUGUAGGAAUACGAGGAGUUUUCAGCAACAAAUUUUUAGCGAUGUCAAAAAAAGGAAAACUCCAUGCAAGUGCCAAGUUUACAGACGACUGCAAGUUCAGGGAGCGAUUUCAAGAAAACAGCUACAACACCUACGCCUCGGCCAUACACCGGACUGAGAAGACAGGGCGGGAGUGGUACGUGGCCCUGAACAAAAGGGGGAAAGCCAAGCGAGGGUGCAGCCCCCGGGUGAAGCCCCAGCACGUCUCUACCCACUUCCUACCCAGAUUCAAGCAGUCGGAGCAGCCGGAACUCUCUUUCACAGUUACUGUCCCUGAAAAGAAAAAGCCACCUGACCCCAUCAAGCCAAAGGUUCCCCUUUCUGUACCUCGGAAAAGUCCCAACACCGUGAAAUACAGACUCAAGUUUCGCUUCGGAUGAUGCUCCUCCUGGCCUUGUGAGAAACAGUUCUUUCCCCUCAGGAGUUUCUGUGAAGACAAAAUUUCAGACCCAGCUUGAGCUGUCCUUACGCUGCAGCCAAGUCAGGUCCUUUGUUUCAGUCUGACUGAAGCAAAGAUGUUUUUUGAUAGGAACAGAACUGGAAUUCUUAGCAUCCAUACAGGGAACACACUGCUUCAUUUCAGGAAACCAUAAAGCCUUUUGCUUUGUGCUUCCGCUGCAGGGAUAUUUACAACUCUGUAUUUUCAGAAAGCGAAAUAACAUGGACUAUGUAUUUUUCUGACUUUUACAGAUCAACCUGAAAGAACAUUCAUGAUACAUUUUUUAUUUUUGGUUUCCAAAGAAUAUUUUGAUGCAGAUAAAAUAUUUUAUUAACUUUUGUUUUUCGGGAUUUUUUUUUUUUUUUGGUUUUUUAAAAGUACCUCUGCAUUGAGCAUAUUUUCUUACUUUUAUUAUUUUAAUUAAUGUGACAUAAGCAAUCAUCUUAAUGCUGUUAAUGAACUAUAAAUGUGUUUAUAGCCCAUUUGUAACAUGUGGAAUUCAUUUGCAUUUUUCCUAUUCACUGCACUUUUUUUGUUUGUUUGUUUUUUUAGCCAUACCUCAGAUAAUGUAAGUUUGGUUCUACGUUUUAAAAUGUUUGAAUUCUCUUCCACAG